GUUUGUACUGCCCCUUCAGGACAGAAUGCAGGAAUACAUCAGACAGCAGAAGCAAAAAGCAUGUCACUGUGUAUGGUUUUCUGGAGAUGAAAUGGAUUCACUCUCUCAGUUUCACAGACCUGUGUCACGAUCUUGUGAACAGGAAGGAUGUGGAAAAUGACGAACGACUCUGUCUCUUUAUAUAGACUUGAGAUUUGCAAGUCUCUGAGCUGUCAAUUCACAUCAUCACAUCAAACUGGCUGGAAGAAUCUAAGCUAAGCGGCAUCUUCUGACCUGAACUGAGCUGUGGAGGAAAUGAAACUCGAACGGGAAAACUGGGAAGUCAUGUACAAUAACGUCUGCCCCAUGGAUCUCGGGUUAUUCCAGGCUCUGGAGAGAGAAAGAGUCCUGGAGGUUCUUCAGAGAGACAAAGCGCUCCGAACCAUUGAAGCGGACCGGAUCAGGAGGCUGAAGGUAGAGCUCCAGGGUGUCUGUCGACAGGGUUCCUUGGCCAUCAUGCGUCCCUCUGGUCAGAGGUCGUGCGCGCGCUGCGAGCGUCUCCUGGGGAAGUUCUGGGACUGUGGAUCGGUGUGCUGCGGCUGCAGUCAUCGCAUCUGUAAGCACUGUCGGGUCGUCUGGUCUGCACAGGAGUGGAAGUGCACAAUGUGUCACGCAUACAGGGAAUUUAAGAUCAAAUCUGGUGAAUGGUUUCUUGAACAGCAAGCAAGGAAGUUUCCGGAUGUCAGAGAAAACAGUCAUGAAAGCAUCGGAGACAAAUUAUUACAGUCUUAUCAGCGUCUCAGCUUCAUUGCAGUCGUGCCUCCGACUCCUCCUCCUGUUUAUGAAGCCCCGUCCUAUAACAGACUGAUUCAUUUAACAGAACAGGACCUCAAAAAGUCAAAGCCGUUUACAAAAUCUGUGGAGAACCUGAUGGUGUGUGUCAGCGCUCGCAUAAAAAAGUUCUCCAAAUCUCAGAGCGAUCUGAGUGUGGAAGUGGGUCAGCUGACCGUGGAUCACGGACUUCAGCAGAACUCAAGACGCAUGAGUCGAUCAGAGAGCGCCAUCAACAAAACCGGUCUCUGCAAAGCACCCAGUCUCCCCAACCUACCCCAGAACCGCCGAGGCACGGAGCAGUACGCCUCAACAAGUACGCUUUACCUGACAGACGACGACGCUUCGUACACAUCGGCGUACAGCGACGAGCAGAGGGACAGCAACAGCAGCGCAGGAAUGGAUUGGGGGCCGAUGGGAAACACUAGCGUGAACGGAGAAGUGGAGGUCGCCUUCGGUUACAGCAGCAGGACGUCCUGUUUGGAGAUAACCAUCAAAGCCUGCAAGAAUCUGAUGUGUGGAGAUAUGAAGAAGAAAUGUCGCCCGUAUGUGAAGGUCUGCUUGCUUCCAAAGAAAUAUCACGAUUUUAAGAUGAAGACAGCAGUCAAAAGAGGAAACGAGCCGCUUUACAAUGAAACCUUUACUUGUGUGGUGGCCGCCGAGCGGCUGGGCAGCAGCGUGGCUCAGGUGUCAGUGUGGCACUGCAGGGGACUCAAGAGGAAGCUCUUUCUGGGCGAGACGCUGGUCCGUCUGGCUGACUUGUGUCUGGAGAGCGCAGACGCUCAGCGCUCGGUCUGCUGCCCGCCCGGCCCGAAGCGGGGUCAUCCACUCGGUGGCGAUGUCGAGCUGCUGCUCAAAGCUCAGUUCCUGCCACAGACUCACCCGCACAGAGCUGACGUUUUAAUUGGAGGAGCAGGACAGCUUGAAGUCAUCAUCACUGACCUGUCCGAGCUGCGCUUUCUGUCAAAAACGGCUUACAUUGAAGGAAUCCUCUGCCUCCCUGGAGAUCGAGAGUUGGUGCAGAGAAGUCCAGCGCUGAAGAAGACCGGCGGCUCUGUCCAGAUGAGCUUCAGCAGACUGACGCGUCAGGAGCUUCUUCUGGCCACGCUGCAGCUCAACCUGUGGGAGAAAAACACCUUCAGCCUCGCCGACCGUCUGCUGAGAUCAGCGCGCUUGGCCGGAGGUGAGCUCCUCACACUUGUGCUGGAUUUAAAACGACGUACCCUCGCCAGAUCAAGGCUCCAGUCAUAACUUGAUUGACAAUCGCCAUGGCAACGUCUGCAGCGGAUGCCAGGAGAGUGGCAUGACUUCGUUCUUCCGUUUCACGCAAACGUCGGCACAAACGUGAGGUCAUAACCGAAGAACGUGGAUCCUUUCCAUCGACCCACAGAUCCCUGCCAGCGACGAACCAGUGCCCAGAUUGUCUUCAAAAGAGACUCGUUCCCAUUUCUUCAGAUGCGUUUUCUCUCCUCUUCUUUUUACAUACGGUAUAUUUAUCACUUCGUAACUUAUUUAAUAAACUAAAUAUUUCCACAA